AUGGCAGAGGAGCUGGGCUUCCGAGAGACAGCCCGUGUGGAGAUGCUCCCAGGAAACGGCAGCCACAGGCCCAGGGCCAGAGCCACGCUGGAGGCCAGGAGCAGCUGCGUGCUGGGCUUGCUCUCCCUGGUGCUGCUCUCCCUCCUGGCAGGGCUCAUCGCCUACCUGUUCCUGGGCCAGCUCCCCAUCCAGAGAGAGGAAUGUGUGCAUCUGCAGCCUCAAAAGGGACAAGAGUUUGGACCAUCACAUCAGAGAGCCUACAAACAGUCCAGAGCAGAUGGAGCUAAGCCAAGGGCACACCUGACAGUUGUGAAACCAACGCCCACACAGAACGUGAAAAAUCAGUUCCCGGCUCUGCAUUGGGAGCAUGAACUCGGCUUGGCCUUCACCAAGAACCGGAUGAACUACACCGAUAAAUCCCUGAUUAUCCCAGAGUCGGGGGAUUACUUUGUCUACUCACAGAUCACAUUCCGAGGGACCACAUCUGAGUGUGGCCAAGGAAGACAAGCAAGCAAGCCAGAUUCCAUCAUCGUUACAGUCACCAAGGUAACAGUCCGGUACCCCGAGCCUACUCAGCUCCUCACAGGAACCAAGUCAGUGUGUGAAAUAACCAACAACUGGUUCCACCCCAUCUACCUGGGGGCUGUGUUCUCAUUGCACGAAGGUGAUAAAUUGAUGGUGAAUGUCAGCGACAUCUCCUUGAUUGAUUACACAAAAGAAGAUAAAACCUUCUUCGGAGCCUUCUUGCUAUAAGGGCACUGCGGAUGACAUUGAGCCUUCUUGCUGUAAGGGUACUGUGGAUGACAUUGAGCCUUCUUGCUGUAAGGGUACUGUGGAUGACAUUGAGCCUUCUUGCUGUAAGGGUACUGUGGAUGACAUUGAGCCUUCUUGCUAUAAGGGCACUACAGAUGACAUUGUGUGAAGGGCCUCUGCCUCUGCCUGUUAGUUGCUUUUCCUCCAUAUAGAUAGGG